GCUGCCGAAGCCCAGCCGCCGAUUUAAUCGAGAACUAAGGCUCGAAGCUCAGCCGUCGAAGCUGCCAUUUUUCACGAACUAGGGCUCGAAGCUGCACCGCCGCCGUUAACUUCGUUGAAAUGAGCGAAACGGAUUCCGACCAUCCCCAUGAUGAGGAAACACAACCUCCAUUACUUCCACCGGCACCUUAUAGGUGGAAGAGACCGUCUUUGAUUUAUGAAACUCGUGCUAUUAAUCUCUAUGUACGGAACGCUAUAUUUGAAGAGAUACGAACCACAUUGAAGGCUGUUGGUGGCAAAUCUACUAUACAAACAUUCAAAGGUGGAACAAUUGGGCGUCUUAGUGAUCACGAGAGAUACGCUAGCGCCAACAAUGUUCUGCAUCACCUAUUAUCUCGACAGAUUGAGGGAGGGGAUAUACCUCCUCAUGAAGCAUGGUUUGUUGUCGGUAGUCGUAUCAUUCGUUUUACAGCACCGGAUUACGCACUAAUUACCGGACUUCACUUUGGGUUUUGUGAGUUUGAUCCCGACGCUGAGCACCAGAUUCCGGCCAAUAGUAUCUUCUACAGAUAUUUUGGUGGUCGUCCCACAAAAGUUGGAACUCUUAAGACGAAAUUCAAAGCAAAACAACUUGGGAAUGAUCCAGAAGAUUAUAUUAAAGCGGGGAACUUGUUGAUGUAUUACUUGUUUCUCCUUUGUCGAGACGAUGUGUAUAUUGAGGCAUGGGCAUGGACUUUGGUGGAGGACUUGGACGAGUGGAAUUGGUUUCCAUAGGGAUCCUAUACCUAUCAGGUGUUACUUCAUUAUUUGAGCUUGGCCGGAACUCGGGAUGACGUGUUGAAGAAACCAGCGUACCACUUCUUCGGCCCAGUCUGGGCUUUGCAGAUUUGGUCAUACGAGGUUAUUCCCACAUUGGGCUCUAUUUGUGGCACACGAAACCCAGUCCCUAAAUUUCCUCGUGCUUUGAUGUGGACAACCAGAAAAGCUCCUGGCGAUUUCACAUAUUUUUUCGACAAAGAGCUUAUUGUGCACGAGACGCUUCAGCCAUCCCCUGAAGAGCUAGAGGAGGUGUACUACAUGAGCCUAGACAAUGGAGAUAUGCUCCAUGUUAGAUUCGUGCCUCCUCUACGUCUUGCAUCGAAGAAGAAGACAACUCAUGUUCCAAAGCGGCGUAGAAUGAGAUCUCCAACACUUGAGAGGGAUAGUAGGCAGGUUUCUCCGGCUGUUCAGAGGGAAGGACCCCGUAGUUCACCUUUGAGGGAGGAACGUCAUAGUUCUCCCGUUGUUGAGAUGAGAGAACGCCAUAGUUCUCCGAGAGUUGAGACGAGGGACUCACCGGUUAUUGAUAGUACACUUACUUGUUGUCACCAUGGAGUUCCGUGCCGAGACUCGGGCAAGGAUUGUCAUGACUACAUCGACCAGAGAUUGACAAGGAUGUUGCACGAUGAGUCUGAUGAUGGAUUUAUUGCUCGAGUAGCUCGUAGAGUGCUCAGUGGAAUGAAGGAGAUGCUCGAUUAUACAGGUGACAAAUCUAUUCGUCUUAGUCCUAGGAGAUCAGUGGGGCACGUAUCUCCUGUUCGCUCCACUUCUCAUGUACAUCAUUUUCAUCACUCCACUUCUCGUGUAGAGCAGCCACUGCCACAUCGAUCCACUUCUCCUGUAGAGCACCCACAUGGCUCUCCAUCUCCAGUAGAGCAGCUUCAUCAGUCCCUAUCUCAUGUACUGACUACUCCAGUGCAGCCGGUGCUUGAGAAUCUAUUUCAGGGUGAUGAGCAUGCUGACGAAGAGGAGGAGGAAGUUGGAGAUACUUCAGAUGAGCAUGUAGAUGAUGUUGGUUUAGGUCAACGUGUGAGUAGACCCUCUGCUGCAUUGAGGAGCCCAUUCGCCCCCAUUACUCCAAAUGAUAUGAAGAGAAUCAAAGCUGCCUAUAGAAAAUUCAAAGCUUCGGGUCCUGAUUCUUCUGUGACAAUCAAAGACCUUGGUCACAUCCUUCCACAAGCAUAUUUCGACGAUAUAGAGAGCUUCAGUAAGGAGUUUGAUUCUGAGGUGAUUGAUCUCUUCAUAUUAUUUAUGAGACACAAGAUCCAAUCUCGUAGAGGUUUGAAAAGUGGUGUGAGUUCGGCUAAGACGAUCUUAUUGACUACCUAUUUCUUUGUAAGUUUGUGAUAUAUACACAAAUAUUACUAAUUUUAUUGUUAAUUAUUUUAAUUUCAAUUUGCUAUUUCAUUUUUUUGUCUUUUAGCAUACUUUAGACGUUGAGUCCAAGAAAUUGAACUCUGAUGACUAUCUUGAUUGGGAAGUGCCGGAAAGCCUUAAAGAUAUUGUACUUGGCACAGAUCCCAAAUCAUCGACUCCAUGGACGAAUGCCACUCAUGUCAUUGCAAUUUGCAAUGUUGAGCAUCACUGGGUAACUAUAUGCAUUGACUUGAGUGCGUGGAAGGUUCAUUUAUAUGACUCAUUGAUGGAUAAGUAUCGAAAGGGUUCAGUGCGG